AAGCUAACACUGAUAAAUAAGAGUCACUGUUUCAGAAGACAACACAGCACCAUUAAUGUACACAACAAAAACAACAAAGACAAUUAUUACUACACUAAAAUAUUGCCAGAAUUGCAUGGUGUGAGUGUAGGCACAUAUAUUAUAUCUCACGCAGGCUCAUCACUCGUAUAUUUAUAUUUGCUGUACAAAUCAGUAGGUGACCAGUGUGCAUUAAGGGAGACAAAUCCAAAUCUUUUUCUUUGACUCUGGCUUCAGUGUUUUAGGCCACAAAUCAGGCUAAGACACGCAAUCUCCGGAGCCAGAUUUCAACGACACUGCUCCAACUCACUAGUCACAAGUCACAAGUUGUAAUAUUUUUGGUGAGGGUCCAAAAUAUGAUACAAUUAUUGGAUGCUCAAGUGGAUUGAACAAUGAAUAUUCAUUCAUGCAUUUUGGGCUAAAAAUCUCGUAUGGGUAUUGCAGUUCUGGGCUAUUUUGUACUGUUUGUUUAAUUCUUUGUGCAUUUCCUGCUGGCUGAUCAGGUGCUUGGGCUAUAAUUCUCAUCUGGGCUCAUCUGGGUAUUGCAAUUCUUGAUUAAAAUUUAUCUCCAUUAGUCUGCAUAUUCUUAAUCUGUGGUUCUUAAAAGAAGGCUAUUUCCCAUGUGAAAUUGUGAUAGUUUUGAAGACUUGAUGGUUUUAGCAGUAAGGAGAAGGCUACGUUUGUUAUAUGUUGUGUGGUGCAAGUAUUCUGUUUCUCUUCUAUCAAGUAACGUAACACCUUGAGCCCACAGCAGUAACUGAGCUUCUAAUGUGGUUUGAAUGACAAGGUGAAUCCAUCCAAAAAUAACAAAAAGUGACACAAGAGAGUAGAUUUUUGAGGAGAACAUAUCAGCAUUCACAAUUGACAGGAAAACAUGUUCUGCAAGGAAGUGACUGAGUCUUGCACUACAUCUAUGGAUUCGGAUCUGGCAACUUCUAGUGCUGAGUUAGGAAGUUCAAAUUAUAGAAAAGCUGACCCUGGUUUAAGUGGAAAUCCUGGAAGGCCCUCAAAUAAUGACGUGCAUGACUUACUUGAGUGUCCUGUUUGCAUGAAUCUGAUGUACCCUCCAAUAUACCAGUGUCCAAGUGGCCACACUCUAUGUUCAAACUGCAAGGUUAGAGUACACAACUGUUGCCCUGCGUGCCGACAUGAGCUUGGAAAUAUAAGGUGCCUGGCUUUAGAGAAAGUAGCAGAGUCCUUAGAGCUCCCUUGCAGGUACCAAAUAUUGGGUUGUCAUGAUAUAUUCCCAUACUACAGCAAGCUCAAACAUGAGAAAAACUGUAAAUAUCGUCCAUACAACUGCCCUUAUGCUGGAGCUGAUUGUUCUGUGACUGGUGAUAUCCCAUUCCUUGUCAUGCAUCUCAAGAAUGAUCACAAGGUUGACAUGCAUGAUGGGUGUAGUUUCAGCCACAGAUAUGUGAAAUCCAAUCCCCAAGAAGUUGGGAAUGCUACGUGGAUGUUAACUGUCUUCAACUGUUUUGGCCGUCAGUUCUGCUUGCACUUUGAGGCUUUCCUUCUAGGACUGGCACCCGUUUACAUGGCCUUCCUGCGGUUCAUGGGUGAUGAAGAUGAGGCAAAGGAAUUUAGCUACAGUCUGGAAGUUGGCAGAAAUGGCAGGAAACUUACAUGGCAAGGUAUACCAAGGAGUAUCCGUGAUAGCCAUAAGAAAGUACGGGAUAGUCAAGAUGGAUUAAUCAUUCAGAGAAACUUGGCACUCUUAUUUUCUGGAGGUGAUAAGCAGGAGUUGAAGCUGAAAAUAUCUGGUCGUAUAUGGAAGGAGCAAUAAGAUAUUAUAGAAACUGCUUUGGAAAUGCUGUAGUGGGAAAAUUGGAAGGUGCCAAAUUUUUUUUUUCACCCUGUAAAUAGAUAGAUGUUGUAUUUCUUAUUGAUUGAGAUCACUUUUCAUUUGUGUAUCAAUCUAGGAGGGCAUCUUUCCUUUUUUAUUUCAAUGUUUUGGUCUUUCAAA